CCUCGGCCGGGGAAGCCGGAAGCGCAGGUUGCUCCGGGGUCUCGGGCCUGAAGACCAUGAGUGCGGCUGGCGGCCUUCGUCGCCGCGCGCGACUCUCACGCCUCGUGUCCUUCAGUGCGAGCCACAGGCUGCACAGGUGGGGUGUGAUCACGUGUGUCACCGCAAGUGCGGGGCUUUUCCCGCUAAGUCCCAGACCGGGGGCGUGGCCACACGCGUGGGUUAGAGCCGAUCUGGGGUGGGCGGAAGAGGAAAUGGUGAAGAUCGAUCCCGUUACAGGAAUGGUUAUGAAUUUGACUGACCUCAAAGAAUACAUGGAGGAGGCCAUCAUGAAGCCCCUUGAUCACAAGAACCUGGACCUGGAUGUGCCGUACUUUGCAGAUGUUGUGAGCACGACAGAAAAUGUAGCUGUCUAUAUCUGGGAAAACCUCCAGCAACUUCUUCCUAGAGGAAUACUUUAUAAAGUAAAAGUGUAUGAGACUGACAACAACGUUGUGGUAUAUAAAGGAGAAUAAUCUUAGAGUUGAAUUAUAGAAAGGCUGAUUGCUUUUCUUAUUUGAAAAAGCUCUUUGUCCCUUUAGACUAUCCAGCAGUCACCACAUACUUGUGUCUCUACAUUGUGUUCUGGAUUGCCUGAGCGUUCAAAUGUGUAAGGUCCACAUUUAAAUGUAUUUAACUACCAAACUUUGAAUAUAUCUUGAAUAUAUUUUUAGUGAGGAAGCAGGGAAGAGCUGAGGACUUAACCAGGGUCUCACCCAUGCCAAACAUGCUGAACUGUAUCCAUUCCAAUCCUCUCUCUGCCAGUUAGAGAUCCGUUGUCUAGAGACUAAAAAUAUUUCAUUCUUAGCAAAAUGUUUUGGUGUGGAAUUAUUUAGAGACAAAAUAAACCCACUUUCAUUAUAUGUA